AACAUCGUGGUCGAUGAACGUCCGCGGCAGUCUGCACAGAACCGAGCAGAUCACUGCGAUCGGCGUUUGAAGCACGGAUCGGAGUCAGGAGCCGACGAGGCACAAAUCCUGAACGAUUGUUAUGAAUGCCAUGGAUAGAGUGGUGUCGGGAAUUUUUUCUUUUUAGCUUGUGGCUGUACCCGCACAUGUGUCUCUUCGCGGACUUCUACAUCUUCUGCUACUUCGUCCUCCAGUUGAUGUACUCCGGUCAGCUGGACGAGUGGAGGGAACAAUUUCAUAGGCCCAGGUCCAACUUCACCUUCAUCCCAGAAACUGACAUGAUUUUCUGAGAGGCCGUCCAUUUCAGUCGCCAGUAAGUCGUCCUGCGAGCCCACGCCGACAUGCAUGCAUGCGUGCACGCACGAACGCACGACCUCAUGAUCGAGAACGAUUGAUUUGAUUACUCCCGGCGAAGGGCUCUUGUGAUCGCUCUCCUCGCUCGCUGGACGUCCACGGUGAGAUCGCUGAACGUGAGGCAGAUUUGGGCUCGUCCGUCCGAUUGACAGUCGACCUGCUGAUUUUGGAAACAUUGAGGUCCAGCGUGCACGGAGUCAAGACAUCGGGACCCAGUGCGUGAUACGCGGAGUCGCCAGGGCACCGUGAUCGAGUGGUUACUGGCCUUCGACAUAGACUUUUAUUCUACAUCCCUACGGCGAUCGGGAGGGCAGUGAUUUCGAGAAAUUUUGCCUCUUCGGAACGAUGUCGCUAUUGCGGGAUCUGCCACUCACGAUUUCCAAUCGGAGAGCUCGCAGAGACGAAAUGACGACGAGAUCCAAAGACUUGGACAAGUUUCUGUUCCAGAUGCAUUGGAGAUUCUCAAGUGUUUUCCAAGAUCCGACCCCGAGAAACGGACUCCUUUCAUGUAACCAUGCUCUUACAAGACCAGACUCCUCUAAUUCACCAAACGAAAACAGAAAAGCGGACGGUGAGUGAAGGGAUUUUCUCUGAUUCCAUUAGCGAUCGGGGAAAAGUUGAAAUAUUGGUUUCGGAACGCCAGCUGGCGCGUCACUCUUGUCCUUCCACGACCACAGCUUGCGCUUUCAAGGAGGCGAAACAAGCCCAGCACAUUUCUUCAAAUCGAACUCUACAAAAGUUGACCGAUGCUUUGAGCACAGUUGACGAGGUAUUAACAUUCAGGGUGUCAGAUUCGGGUCCUUCAUAUAGUUGAACAUGUCGGUGGCUUGUAAUGUGAACGAACAUAAUCUGCCUCACCACCGCAGUUCUACGACCUUCUGUUUUGAUUACAACGCUCGUUCACAGCAGAUGUAAAUGACCAACCCGAGGCUAUAGAAGAGUAAAUCCUCUGGAGCCCAAAGAAUUUGAGAAGAAGAAGAGACAGACAUGAGAUUGAAUCCCGUUUCCCAGAAGCAAACAUCUUUCAGACGGCUGUCACUGGAUCUCACCGAUUAGAUCCAUUCGUCACACGAAAGGCGACGUGAUGAUCAAUCUGGUCAUCGGUUGUCUUUCCUCAAGGACGAUUUAAUCAACAGACAUUAUGCGAGUAACAAAGUGUCCAUUGACACACCUACAAAUGUAACAGGUAGAUAGCAUCUUGUGUAGCUUCUCCCGUACAAUCCUCCUGUUGUACUAUCGAAUAGCAUGCUCUGUUCCUAGCUAAAUCAGAUCAAUGUAUAGAUGUCUAAUACUAAUUUGAGAGAGGAAAGGUCCUCUCAAACCGGAAGCUCUUUUCUCUCGCGGGGGAGCUACAUUGUUGUUUAAACUAAAUUGGGGGUCGUGAAUGGGUCGAAAUUGAGUGGACCCAUUGUAAGGAAGGCCUACGUUCUAACUCGGGGCACUAUAAUACAAGU